CUAUUCAAAUUCCAAGGAUAGUUCGCGCUCGAAAAUCAGCACGGCAAAGCGUAGUUUUUGCCGCUGGUGCAAUCACUGUUCCUCUUGACUGUAGCUGCGCCAUUGUUGUGCAGUCCGGAGGAGUCUAUUGCCUCUUCACCUAGCUGUUCGAACAUUUUGGUAUCGUGGCGCUAAAUCCGUAUACGAAUCUUGAAACUUUGGAGGGUGUAUCUGCACAUUGGAAGGAGGGAAAAUUCUGAAUCCCUAGACUAAUAGAGUCUCCAGUACAAAUAUUGGAACCUAAGAUUUUGUUGAAAUAUCCUCCUGCGAAGAAGAUGCCAACGCGUAUGAAGGAUUUAGCCUCUUUUGCUUAGAAAAUGAAUCUAUGCGUAAGGGCCAUUAUUAAUUGAGAUAGAGAGUUGCAAUAUCCUUCCAGCCUUUUCUCUGAACUCUGUGGCCUUGAAAUAGUCUUCUGCAGAAAGAUCUAGCAUCUUGGUUUUGCUCUUUAUGAUCAUGGCUUCAUCUGCAAAACCGAAGCACAUUUCAAUAACUCUAGUUGUUGACAAAGAUAAAAACAAGGUUCUCUAUGCUGAAGCAGAGAGUGACUUCGUUGAUAUUUUAUUAAGCUUCUUAUCAUUGCCAUUGGGAACUGUUUCUGAACUCAUUAGUAAGGAUUCUACCGCACAGCCUUGCAGAUUUAACUGCAUAACCUCACUGUAUCAAAGUUCAAAAAAUCUGGAUCCAAAGUACUUUUAUUCGAAUGAGUAUAAAGGAAAGCUGCUGAAUCCAACCAACCCAAUGGAAGCUUAUUCCGAAAAGCUGGUAUAUAACUUGGAUGACACACCAAUCUCACAAGGCUUUCAUGGCUAUCUGCACAAACCGACAAGUUUUAUAGUUUCCGAUGAUCUACUGGCAUUGGUUAGUGAUUUGGAUACAACCUGGUGGAUGCUGCAAAAUUUUAGAAUUGACUUUGAUUCUGAAAGAUUGACUGUGAAUGUCACCCAGAAUGAGGUACUGGAUCUACUGAAGUUCUCAUUAUGGUCGGAGACACUAUUGACAGAUUUAUUCUUACGCAAAAAACUGCCCAUUCCGAACUCUCAAAUACCAGAGUCUGAGUUAGAGGUAAAUGAGAUAAAAGGCAAGGAGGGCAGGAAAAUGAAUCUGAGGUUAAUGGUAUUAAAAUCUCCACGCAAAGUACUGUUUGGUGAAGCAGGAGAGGAUUUCACAGAUCAGCUAUUAAGUUUCCUGACUAUUCCACUUGGUGCACUGGAACAUCUUUCACAAGGCAAGUUUGGUUUGGGCUGCAUUGAUAAUUUGUACAAGAGCUUGCGUCGUUUGGAUCCAACUAGAGAUUUUAGUUCCGAAUUUUAUGAUCUAAAGAACAAGCUCCUCAAUCCUCAUGUUGCCUAAAGUAAUGUCGAGAACCAGUUGCUUCCAAUUUAUAGGCCAGACCUGCCUUCAGAAAUUGGGCACGACGGUUAUACUAGAUGGAGGUCAUUGUCCUAGUGGCAGAUAAUUUGUCACUUUUACCAUUCUCUCAGCGGGCUGCUUUGACAUUCCUUCGUAAAUCCAAAGCUGAUGUGGAUGACUUAUUGGCAGUGAAGAUAAGCGUUGGGCUGAAUGAGGUCCUUUCUUCUCUUAAUUCCACUUUUCUUUGACCUUUUGGAUCAAACUUGAAAUGAUUCGUAUCUUCAAAUAUUUUGUUGUGCUACACUUUUUUUUUUUUCUCUUUUUUGAACUUUUCUCCCUUUGGUAUGUUUUUAUUUCUCCAUCAUUUUCGCAUAUUUUUACCCUGAGAAUGGCACAAAGAUUCCAUCAUAAUGGUUAGCGCUUCUUUUCUGCCAUAUCGCUCUAGUUUUGCCUGGAUUUUUUAUCACAAAGUGGAAAGUCAUGAGGAAUUUGAAUGAGAAGCUCGCUAGAAGUUUUCACCAGAAUUUCACAUGAUUGAUCUGCUCUCAGUUUGCUUCUCUGCUCUCCAUCAAUCCUUUGAUUAUCUUUAUUCUUCGGGUUUUAAACCUUUUAGAUUGAGUUCAAAUAGUCUUAUUUAAUAUCUUAAUAAUGAUAAUUAAAAUGUAAAAGAAAAACCAAAAUUUAAACAUAAGUAAUUUCAGAGGCCGGAAAUAAAAUAAAGUAGAAAGGGGACAUUCAGAAAGCAGACCUGAGAAGGAAUGAAAAGUUGAAACAGAGUAGGGUGAUGAACUGUAGAGAAAGUGAUUUAAUUCAUUAGUUCUCUCUUUCUUUCGUUUCUUUUUUCAGUUCCAUUUUGUCUUCGGAUUUCAAUGCUGGUGUUGGAUAUGCUGAGAGCUGCCAUAUUGACAUCAUCAGCCUUUACGCUGAGUCUGAACCUGACGCUUCCUUGCGAUGAAGAAGAGACAUGUGAAGACGAUGAAGAGUGCCAAGACUAUGAAGAAGAGACAUGCGAAUGAUUGCUAAAUGCUGCAAUAGUAUUUGGAUUUCAAGUGGAAUUGAUGUCAUUAUAUGAAGGUAUAUAUAUAUAUAUUUUUUGGUUUGCUCAUUUUCUUUCUUUUCUGUUGUUAUUGUGCUAAUUGUGAUGAUCCGUAACAGAACAUGGAACAUAUGUAUGCUUUUAAACUAUUGUUCUUCGUAUGAGUAACGUCGGAAGGGAUCCCAGUCAUAACAUUUAAUCAGCAUUAGAUGAUCUGCUUUGUACGUACUUAUUUUUGGGUUAAUAUUACGGACAAUCGUUUUAUCUUUUAGUAAAUCUAGAUCAGGCAAAUCCUUGUUUGAAUA